AUGGCCGAUAAGAAGAUGGCGAACGGGAGCGGGAAUGAAGUUUGCCACGACGACAGCUCGUCGCCGAUCAAGGCUCAAACCAUCGACGAACUUCAUUGCCUACAGAAGAAGCGAUCGUCACCCAGUACUCCGAUCGACUCGUCUCCCGGCGGCGUCUCCGCGCUUUCCGAAGAAGAUCGCCAAAGGCAACAGCUCCAGUCAAUCAGUGCUUCGUUAGCAUCGUUGACAAGAGAAACCGGGCCGAAUGUGGUUAAAGGAGACCCGGCCCGGAAAACCGGAAGCUCCAAGGUUGCACACAUGGCGCAGCAUCAACUCGUACCCACCAUUAAUAUCAGCGACAGCUCUAUGAAAUUCACACACGUGCUUUAUAACCUCUCCCCUGCAGAGUUGUACGAGCAGGCCAUAAGGCAUGAGAAAGGGUCGUUUAUGACAUCCACUGGAGCAUUAGCGACGCUGUCGGGAGCGAAGACCGGGCGGUCUCCGAGAGACAAGCGAGUUGUUAAGGAUGAGAAUACCACAAAAGAGCUCUGGUGGGGAAAGGGAUCUCCAAACAUUGAAAUGGAUGAGCACACUUUCAUGAUCAACAGAGAGAGAGCCGUCGAUUACUUGAACUCUCUCGACAAGGUCUUUGUCAACGACCAAUUCUUGAACUGGGAUCCCGAGAACAGAAUCAAAGUUCGAAUUGUCUCUGCCAGGGCUUACCACUCGCUCUUUAUGCACAACAUGUGUAUUCGACCAACUGACGCAGAGUUGGCGAACUUUGGGCGACCAGAUUUCACUAUAUACAACGCUGGGCAGUUCCCAUGCAACCGUUUCACUCAUUACAUGACGUCGUCAACCAGCAUAGAUAUGAAUUUGGCAAGGAAGGAAAUGGUGAUCCUUGGAACCCAAUACGCCGGUGAGAUGAAGAAAGGGUUGUUUAGUCUCAUGCAUUAUCUCAUGCCCAAGCGAGAGAUUCUCUCCUUGCAUUCUGGCUGCAAUAUGGGCAAAAACGGCGACGUAGCCCUCUUCUUUGGAUUAUCGGGGACGGGAAAGACUACUUUAUCGACAGAUCACAACCGAUAUUUAAUCGGUGAUGACGAACAUUGUUGGACUAACACCGGCGUAUCGAACAUCGAAGGAGGUUGCUAUGCUAAAUGCAUCGACCUUUCUCGUGAGAAAGAACCCGAUAUUUGGAAUGCCAUCAAGUUCGGAACCGUGUUGGAGAAUGUAGUGUUCGAAGAGCACACUAGAGAGGUUGACUAUUCGGACAAUUCAGUUACAGAGAACACCCGAGCAGCGUAUCCAAUCGAGUACAUACCCAACGCUAAGAUACCAUGUGUGGGGCCGCACCCAAAGAACGUUAUAUUAUUGGCUUGCGACGCAUUUGGUGUUCUUCCCCCCGUGAGCAAGCUCAAUUUGGCUCAAACCAUGUACCAUUUCAUAAGUGGAUACACUGCAUUGGUGGCUGGAACUGAAGACGGCAUAAAAGAGCCACAAGCGACAUUCUCGGCUUGUUUUGGCGCGGCUUUCAUAAUGAUGCAUCCGACCAAGUACGCCGCCAUGCUCGCCGACAAGAUGCGGAAGCACGGGGCAACUGGCUGGCUCGUCAACACUGGCUGGUCCGGCGGCCGAUAUGGCUCCGGUAGCCGUAUUAAGCUUUCUUACACCAGAAAAAUCAUCGACGCCAUUCAUUCCGGCGAGCUCCUGAAAGCCCAGUUCCGUAAAACUGAAGUUUUUGGACUUGAAAUCCCCGCCGCCAUUGAAGGAGUUCCGUCCGAGAUUUUGGACCCAAUGAACACCUGGUCGGACAAGGGUGCGUAUAAAGAAACGCUACAGAAACUGGCGACUCUGUUCAAGAACAAUUUUGAGACAUUUACGAAUUACAAGAUUGGCACAGACAAUACUCUGACAGAGGAAAUCCUUGCUGCUGGUCCCAAAUUUUAA